AAUAGUAAUAGAAAGCUUGAUGCUUUUCGACAGUACGUCGUUUAUUAUUUUUUUUAAAGUCAGAUCACAUUUGCAAAUUUAUGUUUCAUGUUUAAAUACCUAUUCUAGUUAAAAUUGGGACCGUGCGCGUCAAGACAAGUUGAAUAGAUGCCUUACUUACGGAUAGUCAAUUUAGUGAAUGACUGAAUAUGCAUGAUUUUUCAUCUGACACAGGUUGAGAUUAUUAAGCUUGCUAUAUAUGGAAGUGUCCAAUUUAUGAGUACAAUAUUAAUAUAUAGGUUAGACUAACUGAUAAUAAUAGCUGGUGCAAUAUCCAAGUCCUUUACGUGAGAUAUAGCUGUAAGAAGAUUGAAAAUAUGGAUGAAACAGAUGAAAAAACUCCCUUGUUGAAGAGUUCAGGGUCUGAUGUGAAUGAUGCUGUAGUUUAUACGAAUGGAAAGUUAAUCAGUUCUGGAGAUUCUAAUGACAGUAAAAAGAGUGAAGAUGAAAGCUCAGCAAAGACAGCAACAUUUGCAGAAUUGUUUUCAUAUGCAACAUGUUUAGAUCGAAUAUUGAUGCUUGUUGGUGCUAUUUUUGCUAUUGCAAGUGGAGCAGCAUGGCCUGUUAUGUCAAUCAUAUUUGGAGACAUGACAAAUACUUUUAUAAAUGGUACUAACACAUCAUCGAGUAACGCAUCAUUGGGUAAUGUAACAGUGGAUUUUGAAGAGCAAAUGACAAAGUAUGCUAUCUACUAUGUUAUUAUUGGAGCCUCUGUAUGGGUCUCUUCAUUUAUACAAAUUUCAUUUUGGACAGUAGCAUGUGAAAGACAGACACACAAGAUACGUAAAGCUUUCUUUUGGUCAAUUUUACGUCAAGAUCAGGCAUGGUUUGAUAAACAUCAAAGUGGUGAAUUAACAACAAGAUUAGCAGAUGAUUUAGAAAGAGUUAGAGAAGGACUGGGAGAUAAGUUUUGUUUAUGUCUACAGUUUGUAUCUCAGUUUUUAUCAGGUUUUGUGAUUGGUUUUAUUAAAAGCUGGAAGUUGACGCUUGUCAUGAUGUCUUUAACACCAGCUUUAGCUGUUUGUGGAGCUUUCAUUGCUAAGGUUGUUGCCUCUUUUUCAAAACGUGAGCAGACGUCAUAUGCUGAAGCAGGUGGUAUAGCAGAAGAGGUUUUAUCAUGUAUUAGAACAGUUACAUCAUUUAAUGGACAACAGUGUGAAAUUGACAGGUAUUCAAGAGCACUUAAAAUCAGUAAAAGAUUGGGUAUUAAGAAAUCUGUUUUUGUUGGUCUGGGAACAGGGAUUACAAUGUUCUUCAUUUUUAGUGCCUAUGCUUUAGCUUUUUGGUUUGGAUCAACCCAGAUCUAUGAAUACAAGAAGGACGAGGAUGAAGGUUUAGAUCCUGGAACAGUGAUGACUGUAUUUUUUGCAGUGAUGAUUGCCUCAAUGUCUUUAGGUAAUGCCAGUCCUCAUGCUACUGCUGUAGCUACAGCUAAAGGUGCUGCUGCUGUUGUACUAGAAAUAAUUAGAAGGGUUCCUCCAAUUGAUUCAUCAUCAAAUGCAGGUAGACGACCAGAUAGUGUCAAAGGCCAGAUUGAUUUUGUUGGUGUUGAUUUCAGUUAUCCGACCAGACCAGAUGCAAAGGUUUUAAGGAAAUUUGAUUUAAGUAUUGAACCCGGGCAGACCGUUGCAUUAGUUGGUUCUAGUGGUUGUGGUAAAUCUACAACCGUUAAUAUGAUACAACGAUUUUAUGAUCCAUUAUCUGGAAGUGUUUAUCUAGAUGGUCACAAUUUAAAAGAAUUAAAUAUAAAAUGGUUGAGACAGAAUAUUGGUGUGGUAUCACAGGAACCUAUAUUAUUUGGUCGAACUAUAGCUGAGAAUAUUCAGUUAGGGGAUCCUACAGUAACCUAUGAUCAGAUAGUUGCAGCUGCUAAAUCUGCCAAUGCUCACGAUUUUAUAUCCAAUCUACCAAAAAGUUAUGAUACACUGGUUGGUGAACGAGGAGCUCAACUUUCUGGUGGACAGAAACAACGUGUAGCCAUUGCUAGAGCUUUAGUACGUAAUCCUAGAAUAUUGUUGUUAGAUGAAGCCACGUCCGCUCUUGAUUCAUCAAGUGAAAAAGUUGUACAGGAUGCCCUAGAAAAGGCUAGAGCAGGUAGAACUUCCGUUGUUGUUGCUCAUCGUCUGUCCACAAUACAGAAUGCAGAUGUGAUCUAUGUAUUAGAAAAUGGAAUAUUAGUAGAGCAUGGUAAACAUAUGGAAUUGAUGGAUAAAAAGGGUGUUUAUUAUCAACUAGUUACAUUACAAACUAUCGCAGAGAUGAAAGAUAAUGGUGAUGAAGAAGUUGUAGCAAUAGUGAAAGAUCCAACCAGACAAAGAAAAUUAUCACGUCACCUAUCUCGACAUCUUUCACGCCAAGAAUCACAAUUGACCAAAGAGGUUGACAUGGAUGAGGACAUCAGCAAACCAAAUUUCUUCAGAAUAUUUCGUGAAAAUGCUCCAGAAUGGCCAUUUAUAGCUAUUGGUAGUUUUGCUGCUGCUAUUAAUGGUAGUGUUAUGCCAUUGUUUGCUGUUUUCUUCAGUGAAAUUAUAGAGACAUUUGGCAAACAAGGUGAGGAGUUAAAAGAAGAUGGGUUAUUUUGGAGUAUGAUGUUUUUAGCUCUUGGUGGAUUAACUCUAAUCGUCAACUUUAUACAGACGACCUCUUAUGGUACCUCUGGUGAAAAAAUGACAGCAAGGCUUCGCCUUCUAUCUUUUAAAUCUAUGUUACGACAAGAUAUAACAUAUUAUGAUGAUCCUAAACAUUCAACUGGUGCCUUAACUACAAGACUUGCUACUGAUGCUUCCAAUGUCAAAAAUGCUACAGGUAUCAGAGCAGGAAUAAUUAUACAAUCUCUUGUUAGUGUAAUAGCUGGUAUGGCUAUAGCUUUUAUAUUUGGUUGGAAGUUAGCCCUUGUCAUUCUAGCAGCAGUACCAAUUAUGGCUGUAGCAGGUGCAUUUCAUAUGAAGGCUCUGACAGGUGGUCAGAAGAAAGGUGCAGAACUGCUGGAAGAAGCAGGAAAGACAGCAAGUGAAGCAGUUGAGAAUAAUUUAACAGUUCAAUCACUGACUAGAGAAGAACAUUUCUAUGAUAAAUAUUGUUCUAUGCUACAAAAACCCUACAGUAAGAAUAUAAGUCAUGCUUUCUUCUAUGCCAUGGCCUAUGGAUUUUCACAAGGAAUAAUAUUCAUGUUAUAUGGAGCUUCAUUUAGAUUUGGUGCUUAUUUGGUGGCAAAUGGAGAAAUGGAGUUUUAUCAAGUAUACAGGGUGUUCUUUGCCAUUGCUUUUACUGGAAUGUCUGUUGGCCAAGCUUCUUCCUUCUUACCAGAUUACAGUAAGGCCAAACUGUCAGCUGCUUAUAUAUUCGAGAUAUUGGACACAUUUCCCGCAAUUGAUGUCUUCAGUGGUAGAGGACAAAGAAUGCUUGAAAUCAAUGGAGAAAUAGAAUUUAGAGAUGUUCAAUUCAAGUAUCCAUUACGACCUAAAGUACCAGUAUUACAGGGAAUUAGUUUUAAUGUCAAACCUGGACAGACAGUCGCUUUAGUGGGUGUCAGUGGAUGUGGUAAAAGCACAGUUGUCUCCCUGUUACAGAGAUAUUAUGAUCCCAGUUCAGGAGAAAUAUUCAUUGAUGGAAUCAAUAUAAAAGAUAUGAACUUAUUGAUGUUACGUUCAUUUAUAAGUGUAGUCAGUCAAGAACCAAUAUUGUUUGACUGCAGUAUUAAAGAUAACAUCAAAUAUGGACUGGAUGAAAAUAUUAACAUGAAUUUAAUCAUUCAAGCAGCAAAAACAGCAAAUGCACAUGAUUUUAUUAUAAGUUUACCAUUGGGUUAUGAUACACUGGUUGGUGAGAAAGGAGCUCAACUUUCUGGUGGACAGAAACAACGUGUAGCCAUAGCUAGAGCUUUAAUACGCAACCCCCGAGUAUUGUUGUUAGAUGAAGCUACCUCAGCUCUUGAUACUGAAAGUGAAAAGGUUGUACAAACGGCAUUAGAUAACGCACAGGAAGGAAGAACAUGUAUAGUUAUAGCUCACAGAUUAUCUACUAUACAGAAUGCUGAUGUUAUAUUUAUUAUAGAAAAUGGUAACAUCCUAGAACAAGGCAAUCAUCAAGAACUAUUAGAAAGAAAUGGAGCAUAUGCUGCUCUGGUUAAAGGACAGAAAUUUAAUCAAUCUUAAGUUGAUUAUCAUUUAGCAAAUUCCAUAGGUUCUCUUAUUAAUUGAUCUUUACCAAUCAGUAUAAAUUAUUUUUUGAUUGGACUGUAAAUUGUAUCAGGCAUGUUUGAUUGUGUGUUAGUUUUGGGUCAAAUCUUUCAGUUUAUAUUUAUGUGUUUAAAGACUAAUUUUCUAGUUGUACAUAUUUAAUUGUCGUUUUCAAAGAGAUAUGUGAAUGGUGGUACAAAAUACGAGAGUUGUUACAAUGUCUGUUAUGUCUGUGAUGUUAUUGUAUACAUCAUUUUAUUGGCAACUGUUCUCAAAGGCUUUGCAAGCCUUCUGGCAUUCCAUUUCAAAUGUGUUCAUUUAUAAUUCUUCAUAGCGAUUUUUAUACGCCCAUAUUUUCAUGUGGACGUAUUAUGCCGUCGCCCCUGUCCGUCCACCAUUUGUUUGUCGACACUCUACAGGUCACAAUUUUUAUCCCAUUUUGACAAAACUUGAAAUAUAGGUCUAUCCCCAAAAGUUCUCGGUUCCUUUCGAUAUUGGCAUGUAUCAGACCAUAACUGCAUGGAUUAUGGCCCCUGAUUGUACGAAAAAUCAUGUUUUUAGCUUGUGGACCCUCUAGAAGCCACAAUUUUUAUCCAAUUUAAAAAAAAAACGUUCAACUAUAUCACCAUUACACCAUAAUGAUAGUCGAGUUCGAAUUUUGUGAAAAUCAGACUGAUACUGCCUGACAGACCGCUCCUUGUACACAUAUAGUGUAGAAGUAUGUAAUAUCAAGGUUAUGGACCCUCUAGAAGUCACAAUUUUUAUCCGAUAUUGAUGAAACUAAAAAUAUAUCUUUAUAUCCCAAAUAUCUCAGUCCCUUUCGAUGUGCCCACAUUUAGGACCAUUACUUCUUGCAUUAUGGCCCCCGAUUGUCCGAACAAUCAAUCUAUUUUUUUAAGCUUGAUCUUUUUCAAAAUGUCGGUGUAUCUUGCCUGGCAACCACUGGUUUGAUUUGCAUGUUUCAUACUUUCAACAUUUAUAUAAUUACAAAUUAUUGUGAUAUGAUGACUUUUACGCUUUUAAAUUUUAGAAUGUGACAUCUCUGUAAAAAGGGAAUUUAUUUAAUUUUUGUAUGUGACAUCUCUAUAAAAGGGGAAUUAGUUACAUUUUUGUAAUGUGACCUCUCUGUAAAAAGAGAAUUAGUUUAAUUUUUGUAAUGUUUAGUAUAGAUAUAUUUAUAUGUAAUAUUGUUUCUUAAAAUUUAUUUAAUCAUCUAUCAAGAGUCAACACACCAUGCUAUGUAUAAAACUGUUUUUAAUUUCAUAUAGCCAAAUUAAUUUGCUAUUAAUAUAGUAAUAAUGGUAGCAAUCAAUAGUAAUAAUGGUGGCAUAUUCAUUUGUCAUAAAUUCCACAAAACGGUCUCAAGUAGCCCUAUUAUUAAUAACCCAUUUUUGAGUGAUAAUUGACUGAGCAUCUGUAUUGGAUCAGAACGGAUGGACAACACAAACCCAAAAAUUCGCAAGAUUGAAAACUUAAUUGACAAAAUUAUAUUUUUAUCCCGGUUGGCAGAAAUAGCAAUUGACAGGGUGAGCGUUGUUGCUUGUGAAGUUUUCCUGAUUGAAUUUCCAUGCUAAGUUACUUUUCAAAUACAUGUGCUUACUUCUUUUACUAUGGACAUAAAGCUGUGAUAUUUUUUAUUGUAAGCCCAAUAGCAAUUUAUAUUAACAUUGAAUGUAUAUCUUUGAAAUAAACAGAUAGUUUGAAAA